AAUGAUAAAUCCACUCUAAAGUCAAAUACUAUCUUUAUGGUUGGUGGACGUCGUGAAUGAGUUGUUUACGUAGCGUCGCGAACAGGAAAGAUAGUAGUAAACGUCAGUAUGUGAGGCGUCGUCGGCCCGAUAAACUUAGAUUCUUCCCUCUCUAGAUUGGCUGCUGUCUUUUGUCAGCUUUUCAAUGGCAGAGAACAGGAGUCAUUGCAGUGACAGUGUACCCAGCAGUUCUUCCAAGAUACAGUUACCUGUGAUUGAAGAACUGAACUUGUAUGUCAAUUCGAAGAUUGCUAAAAUAAUCGCCACGGGCGUGGUGAUUUGUUUCAUAUCUUAUCAUGGCUUUUUGCAUGCAGUUGAUGGUGGUGACUCAUGCCAUCGGUUACUCUCAGAUGGCAGAUUCCAGGGAUCAUUGGUUUGGCAACCAUAUGGAUGCAUGCUUCACACUUAUUCAAACACAGAUUCUAGAAGAUGUAUGAGAUAUGUUGCUUUUUUGAAGCAACAGAACCACAUAGUGUUCUUGGGAGAUUCCAGGAUACGGCAGCUCUUUUAUGCCAUGGUCAAACAGGUUGCUGUGUCACAUCCCAAAUUUCCUGAGGUUGCUCAUGAGGAACUCCAUUAUAAUGACACUAAUCUUCAUCUGAACAUUGAGUUUUUUUGGAGGCCAGUCAUGGAUCUGCAAGUGGACAAGUUACUUAAUCAGUGGAAGAGAAGUAAGGUACUACCAAAACUUAUUGUCAUUGGAAGUGCCACACACACUAUCAAGAUAUCUAAUGGGUCCUCUCUAGCACUUGAAGAGUACAAGAAAAAUUUAACGCAUAUAGCUUCUGCCUUACAUCAGAUUGGCAAUAAGACACGAGUACUAUGGAUGCUGCAGGAUCCUGUUGUUCCUGAGAGGCUUAAACCUGAAAGAGCUGCAAUCACAAAUGACCAGCUUGAUUUGUACAAUAUGGCUGCUAUGGAAGUACUUUAUGGGACAAAUGUUCAGUUGUGGUCAAGUUCACGUCUUGUAGCACAGGGGAGCGUUGCUGGCUUUACUGAUGGCUUACAUGCUGGAGAUGUUGCUGUAAAAUAUGACACCCAGAUACUUCUAAAUUUGUAUUGCAAUGAUCAUCUUAAUUUCAAUGAUGGAACUUGUUGCAACUCGAGAGAAGCUGUCACAAUGACCCAAAUAGCAACUUUUGCUGCCCUGUGCUCUUGCCCGAUUAUUAUGAUAGCAGUGUCAGUUAGACAGUGGUUUUGUGCCUCUCACCAUGUAGAAGGCAUCAUUACUUCAGAUACUAAUGGAGAAGCUGGUCAGCCACUCAACGGUGAAAGUAGUGGCACGUCCAAGAAGAGUAAGCAGCCGUCUCCUCAAGAUUUCCUCAUGGCACUUGGAAAAUUGGGACUUAUGAUGGGAUACUUCUUCUUAUGUGACAGAACAAGUUUAUUUAUGAAGGAAAACAAGUAUUUCUCCCAGCUUAACUUUUGGCUUCCCCUGGGAUAUGUAUUUGCUCUUGGACUUUUCUUCACAGAAGACACGUCUCAGACACGCCUUCUUCAUCGAGACAUGACAGAUGAAUGGAAAGGUUGGAUGCAGCUUGUGAUACUCAUAUAUCAUAUGACCGGAGCUUCACAAACCUUGCCAAUAUAUAUGCACAUUCGUGUUUUGGUCUCAGCAUACCUUUUUCUCACUGGAUAUGGCCAUUUCUCAUAUUACUGGAAUGGAAGGGACAUGGGAAUUGUCCGUUAUUGUCAGGUUAUGUUUCGCAUCAACUUUUUGGUGGUUGUCUUGUGUCUGGUGAUGAACAGACCCUAUCAGUUUUAUUACUUUGUGCCCCUGAUCUCCUUCUGGUACACUGUGAUGCACGUGACACUGGUGUUGCCUCCUCGCAUCACAAGACCAGCACACGCAAAUUCUGAAGCUUCUCCUUUCAACUACCUCUAUAGCAUCAUCAAGUUCAUUGGCUUAGGAGGCUUUAUCACAGUUCUAUUUUUGUCAGAGGUGUUCUUUGAGAAAAUAUUUGUGAUGAAGCCUUGGAAAGCCUUGUUUGUCACUACAGAUGAUGACAUUCACGAAUGGUGGUUUCGUUGGCAGUUGGACAGAUACAGCCUUCUGUAUGGCAUGGUGUUUUGCUUGUUGUAUCAUGGUCUUACACAAUAUGGAAUCAUCGACGACAAAAGUGGAUCUAACCUAAUGGGAGGCCGUCUUGCCUUGUUGGUUUCCUGUGUAGCAACUAUCUUCAUUGUGUCAUAUACUACGAUGGCAUUGUUAUGUACCAAUAAGCCUGACUGUAAUGAGAUACACCCUUAUGUUGUAUGGGUUCCAAUAUUGGGUUAUAUUGUGCUUCGAAACUUGGUAGGUAUUUUAAGGACCCGAUACUCAUCAUUUUUUGCGUGGUUUGGCCGCAUAUCCCUAGAACUGUUUGUGUGUCAGUAUCACAUAUGGUUGGCUGCUGACACUCACGGUGUCUUGGUACUUAUACCUUCUUACCCUGUAGCUAAUGUUUUAGUUACUUCAUUUAUUUUCAUUUGUGUAUGUCAUGAAAUUCAUCAUAUUACCAAUGUUAUCACUCCUUUCUUAGUACCCAAUGAUUCCCGAAGAGCUGUGCGAAAUUUGAUUGUUUUUGCAAUACCUUUAUUGGCUAUAGGAGUUCAUGAUGGCAUAUUUUAAAUAUUGUACAUAGAAGUAUCACUUUUUGUAACUUGUGAAAGUUGGAUAACUUUGAUACAGUAGUGGCGUCUGUAGGGAAGAACGCUCAUCACCCUAUCUCCCUAACCAACUGGUAUUUUUUCACUGUACUAUAUUCACUGUUUUGUGUUCAUACAAGUGAAUAUUAAUGCCAGAGUUACUGAAGAUAUUAUAAUUGCAAAUGAAGGGAUAUUAGCUCAUUGUGAUAUACAAAUCAGUUAAUGUUUUAGCUGUUCAGGGAAGUUUCUCAGAAGUCCAGGUAUGUUCUUUCAGAGCUAAAAAGUCAUGAAAAAAGUUUUCUCACCUGAUUUUUGUGUUAAUAUUUUUCAUGGUUGGUAAUAAUUGCACAAUAAUAAAUCUAAACUCACGAUAUGGUUGUGUUAGCUACACUGUGUGUUAAGCAUACUUAAGGCAGAAGUAGUUAUUGAGUCAUUAUAUAAGUGUGGCCGUCAGUCGACAUUCUUAGUUAAACUAUGUUUCACAUCCAUAGUUGUCAUUGUUACUUUGUAUAGAAAACUGGUAUCCAUCAAGGGUUACCUCGUUUUUAUAUUAACGGUAGCUUUUACUGUUAGUGUUUCAUUCUAAAUGUUGUAAGUUUUGUGGAAAAGAGGAAGUGCAUAGCAUACGUAAUUGUUUCUAUUUAAAGUGUUACUUGAAAGAUUUAGACCAUGAUGUCUUGAUUAUCUUUCUUCACAUAUCUAUACAGUAUAUUUAUGAUUAUGAAAUGAAUAUCAUUUUAAAUCCUUUGAGAUCUGAAAUUUUUUACUCCUGUGGCCAUGUUAGACUAAGGUUACACCAACGAUUCACCCGAUUGGAUGAUCUCUGACCAUUUAAUCUGUUCAUGAUUAUGGUAGCAUACAUGAAGUUACCACUUUAUACCAAUACUUCUAAAACCACAAUAACUGGAACCUUAGAGCUGUUUUAACUGUUGAAUAAUAUAAUUACUGCUGUAUUUCCUUAAAACUUCCUUAAAGGCUUCUUAAACUUGCAAAUUUCAAAUUAAAACUUAAACCCAAAUCGAUGUGCAAAGUUUUCAUCCUUAUCAGAGUGACUGCACCUCCUGUGAUUGAGUGAAAAAAAAACUCCCAAACUGCCCCUAAACAACUUGUUAAGUGUAGAUAGAAACAUAAAAUUAUUCUGAUUAUACUUUACAUGCCUGUCAUUAAGUCUGCUUUGAUAAAAUACUAGUUCAGUUACAAAUAAACACAAAGAGAGUUUUGGAUACAUUAUGCAUACUUUAGAUGCAAAUAUAAGUAAUGCAGUAUUGCACAAUAUUACUAGCAAGAUAUAAAUUGCAAUAGUCAAACCAUAACAAAAAGUA